GCAUCACAUGACCAACACACAGGAAAGUCCUUUUAUCGAAGCAAGCGGAUAGAAACGGGACAGUAACUUAUUUUAUUUUUUUAUGUUAUACAGAGGUCUUAUGGCAAAAUCGUCUGUGAAUUUGUUUCUAAUAUGUCUAGGAGCAUGUCUAUGCCAGUGCAAAGACAUCCGACAUUCUUUGGAUGAUGACCUCUUGUUACCCUACACCAAAUCCCACGGCCCAUCUCAUUCUCACCGCCAUGUGAGAGACUGUCAGCCCAUCGCCCAUGGCAACGUAACCCAUGAGACCUGGGGAGCAAGCAAACACUCUGACUCUCCAGUGUUCAAGUCAAAUAUAUUCAUCUCCUCCAUCACUGAUGACUCUGGCGCUCACAGAUGGGUGAGCGGCCACAUCACGGAGGUGCAUGACCCGCUGAGAUCCGUGUCCGUUUUGGAACCAGGAGGCCCCGGAGGGUGCGAGCGGAAUCAAAGAGAGCUGGUGGAGCUCACUGCCAAAACUAGAAAGUGCCUUAUCGCCCAAAACGGAGGCUACUUUAACACUAAAACCGGGCAGUGUUUAGGGAAUGUCAUAAGUGAUGGGAAAGUGGUGAUGAACGGUGAAGGAAUUCAAAAUGCUCAGUUUGGCAUCAGAAAGGAUGGGACACUAGUGUUUGGUUACCUGUCUGAGGAGGAUGUACUGGAUAAGGUAAAUCCCUUCGUGCAGUUGAUCAGUGGGGUGGUGUGGCUGCUGAGAAACGGUGAGAUCUACAUCCAUGAGAGCAUUAAGGCAGAAUGUGACAAAACACAGGAGACUGGAAACUUUAAACACUUUGUGGACGUAAUAUCUGCCCGUACGGCCGUGGGUCACGAUGCAGAGGGGAAACUCAUCCUCUUCCAUGUCGAUGGUCAGACGGGUAUACGAGGAAUGAACCUCUGGCAAGUGGCAAAGUUUCUGAAAGAUCAGAAUGUCAUUAACGCUAUCAAUCUGGACGGAGGUGGCUCGGCCACUUACAUCCUGAACGGAUCCCUGGCCAAUUACCCUUCAGACCAGUGUGCAACUUCAAAGUGGCGCUGCCCGCGGGCGGUAUCCUCUGUGUUGUGUGUUCAUGAGAGGCUGUGCCAGCCGGAGGACUGCAGCGGACAUGGGCACUGCGUGGAGGGCCAGUGUGUGUGUCAGCAAGGCUGGGGUGGGACAGGAUGUGCCAAUCUCACAUGCCAGUCUGAAUGUGGAGAGCACGGGAUCUGCACUGAGAAUGGAUGUGUGUGUGACGCCGGAUGGAUGGGUUUAAAUUGUAGCCAAGUAUGUGCGACAGGUUUCUAUGGUGAUGGCUGCAAUCAAACAUGCACAUGCACAAAUGGAGGCUCAUGUGAUCCCGUCCACGGACGGUGCACCUGUCCUGCUGGUUUCCAUGGAGAUUCCUGCGAGAAAGAGUGCCCUCUUGGCUUCUACGGGCUGAACUGCAAGCAGCCGUGCCAAUGCCACGACAUGUGCCCAUGUAACGCUGUCACUGGAAGCUGCAAUACCACAUACCAGGGAGAGAGAAACUACAGUCUGCAUAGAGCUGGUCACUGUCUGGCUACCCAGAUGUGGAGGGAAUGGAGACAAGAGGAGGAAGCUCAUGCUCCCAGACCCUAUUUAUCUGAACAAAGCUGGCUGGUUGUCUGCUCUAUCCUGGCAACGUUGCUGCUGGCCAGCCUCGCCGGUAACCUUAUCCAGACGUGCAGAAAAUCCAAAGCGCGCGGACAGAGGGCGGACUACUCCUACUUGCCGUUGGGAGAGAUCAUCGGGGCCACGGAGCGAGGAAGAGUGCAUGGGACAAAGUCUGAGAAAGUUCUCUUUCAGCAAGAAGACUAUGACUCGCAAGACUCCUCUUAAUGUUUCAAAAUGCAUGCAUGUGUGUGCGGUUUCACGCAAUUGUGCCAUCAGCCGAGGGCCGAGAGAAGCUAGCUAGCCAGCACAAGCCCUCAUUAGGAAAGGGUUUGUUUGUUCAUGCUGUGAAUUGAUGAACUUUUGGAAGGGCCUCUUCGUCCUCAGAUUUGAGCUGUCCAAAUUGGCAAUGAUGGACAAAGAGAUGGGCGUUAGCAUCCGAACAGCUGUCUGCGCGCCUCGGUGCGUUCAUAUUCGCCCCCGCUGAGUCUGUAGACGCCAGCCAACUCUGCUCACACAUGCCAAGUGCCCUGAUUGUGCAGUUUGACUGCCUUUAGCACAUCAUCUUGUUUGUUUAGGUUUUUACAACAGUUUCAUGUUAUGACAGAAUGGCCCAGUUGUUCCACCUGUUGCCAUAGGAACAGACUAGUUUUGAACUAUGAACUCUUUUUGCAGAAUCCUUCCUGCUGGAACUUGCCAAACUGCUAUUUUGAAACAUAGUUUUAUUGAAUGAUUUUUUUUUUUUUUUUCCCUGCGGCACAAGAGGUCAUUCAGUUUAUUGUGAUUCCACCGUCAGCCCUUUUGAUUCUGUGAACACCUUGCCAGUCUUCUCAUGGUGCUGUUUUGUUUGUUGUCACUUAAAACCAGCCAUAGAAACACAUUAUGGAAAAAAAAAAAAAAAAAAAAAAAAAAAUCAAGGCCUGGAUUGUUUCUCUAGAAAACAAUCACGUUCUCUAGAAAAGCCAGAGAAGGACAUUUCUUCUGUGCUUAGCACAUAGUUGCUCUUUUUCUCUAUUCUGAAACUGAAUCCAGGCUUUGGAUUCGACGUGUUUUGUCAGGUUCUGUUUUAGCUCUGAAACGUGACACAAAUAUUAUGGAAGAGGAACAUUAACCCAAGUUAGUAGUUGUGCUGUUUCCUGUUUGCAUUAAAAUAGAUUUAAUCUUGCCUUGUUUUAAGAAUUUCACAAGCAAACACAGAGGCAAGUGGAAUGAUGAAUCUUAUUAAACCUGUCAAAACAUUCCAGGUCAUAUUACACCCCAAAAUCAAAUGAAUUUAGUAAUUAUAUUUUUCCCUAAAAAAAAUUAAGCCUAAUUUGGACCAUUAACAUUUUUCAAGUUGUGACAUUAUUUUAAUCAUAAUCAUAAGUACAUUUUCUCUGCCCAAUUUUUCUCAUUGUAAUAGAAAAUUUCUAAAUUCUCAUGACUGACACACAAAAAUUAUAUAUUUAUUAAAAUGUAAAUUAUUUAUACAUCAUGGUAGUACUUGUACUUUUUUUUUUCAUUUGUGCUGAUUUGAUAUAUAUAUAUAUAUAUAUAUAUAUAUAUAUAUAAUAUAUAGUCAAACCAAAAUUUAUUCAGACACCUUGAACAUUUCAUUCAUUAAUACAGUUUAUUCACUAUAGUUUAAAAAAAAUGGUAAUAAAAUAUGACAAGAUCUCAGAGUUAAACUGUGUCAGAAAAAAAUAAUCUUAAUUAUGUCAGAUAACACUUAAGCAAAACAUGGUCAGUUCAAAGUCUCUGAAUAAUCUUUGGUUCCAAAUUUUAUAAUAUGUCACAGUUUACUUCAUUUUGCUAUCCUCAUUUACAUAAAUGAACUAUAGUGGCCUGCACCCACUAGUAAAAAUUUAUCAAAAAUAUCAAACAUUUUAUAUAUAUAUGUGUGUGUGUGUGUGUGUGUGUGUGUUUAUGUAUAUAAAUAUUUAUAUAUUUAUAUAUAUGUAUAUAUGUGCGUUUUGUUUUUUAUUUUGAGGUGAAAUGUUGCCCAGAAAGUGAUGUUCUAAGUGAUGUUCUAAGAGUUAAAUAUCUUUUAAAUAGUGAAAGGCAUUUGUCUGCAACGUGAUACAUUUGACUGUUUAUUAACUUCCACCUGGUUCAUUGCCUGCUUUGCAUAUGAACUUCGCUGUGAGCGACCUCUAUGCUGAUCACCUUGUAAGCAAAUGGGGAGAAAGACUUCAAUACAGGUUUUUGAUGUAGUUUUUUUUUUUUUUUUAAAUCUAACCAAGCAAGCAGAUUCCGCACAGGUUAGAGAGGGUACUUGUUUGUCCCCGCCGGUUCGGUCAUGAUGCUAAUCAGAGCAUUCAAUGUUUUAAACUGCUGAUUUUUAUGUUGUGUUUCUGUUGUUAAGCAAAAGAAAUUGCUAUCAAAAGAACAUGAAUAAUAAAUAAUGGUACAUUUUGUUCUGGGGGGUUUUUUUUUCUGCACAAUUUUUGCAGUGUUGUACAUUAAUUUGAUGUAGCCAUCGUGGAUAUUCAGCCUUAUUUUGUUAUGGAUCUCUCUAAUUCAAAUCAUCUGGUCAGGUUGGCUUGACAUUGAAGUUAGUUACAGCCUAACCUAUGUUCCUGACCUGUUUAGCAGGUAACAUCUCUCUUGUCCUCAUAAAUAAAGGCCAGGAUGAUUACUUGAAGCCUUGUUCAUGACCUUGGGUUCAUCCUUAACCUUUUGAACUCAAAUGAACGUACAAAACAAAAUUAAUCCAAAAUAAUGUGAACUAUUUUUCUGUAUGAAAUGGUAAUUAUUUUUAUAUUGUGUAUGUGUUUGUGCACAAAAGGGCUCGUUUCUUCUGAGCAUCCUGGCAAAACAGAUGUCAUUUGUAUCUUCCUUGCACCGGAUCAGUUGAUUAAAAUUUAAUUAACUAUUUCAGCUUAUAUAAAGAUUGUUACUGUGCUGUUUUAUACUGUUCAGGCUGAUAAUCAAAUGAACUGCUGUUUUAUAUGUUUUGAGAUAGAAUAGAUAAUGAAUUUGUAAGGUCAUUAAGGGACACAUUGCUCGAAAUGAAAGGUGUGUUCUACCAGAGAAAAGUUAAAAUCCGGUUUAUCCUGGGUGUGUUCAACAGAAAAAGUGUUUCACAGAUAUGUUACACAGAACCAUAUGAUGGUUCAUGAAGAUGAGGAUUUUUUUGUGCUAAAAGGGGCUUUUACUCAGAAGUUAUCUGUGCUAAUAUUUAUUUGCCAUUCCAAUUAGCGUUGUAUGCCACAUGCUAUUCCCUAAAUCUCCUUGCAAUAUGUUGGCAACAUUUGUUGUUAACAUAAAACUUUUUAUUAAAAUAUCAUCGUCCAUCGGUCCAAAAACAGAUCACCUGUAACUAACAAAAAGAAUAACAAAAGCCAUUUGUGUUUUUAUGUACAUUGCCAUUAAAUUAUGAACAUUACCACUAA